AUGGAUCGGUUUCGCUCGGCGCACACGCCGAUGGAUUACGAGUACUCAAACGGCACCGGCCCUAUCGAUGAGAGCUCGCCGUUUAUCACCGCGUCGCGCAACGUGAACGCGCAAAACAAGAAACGGAAUCACAGUCUAUUCGACUCGCCGAACAAGUCCGCACCCAGCCUCCGGCCUCCAGCCUCCCAAUCCUUCUACUUUUCGCAAGCGCCCUCGGCAGUUGAUUACAACACCGGACGCAGCAGCCCCACCAAGCCCCUCUCCUCCGUUCCUGAACAUCUGCAAAACCCCAAGUUUUCGACCCCGCGCAAGCCCGUUGCCGACUUCAAUUUUAGCUCCGGCGGCGAGACGCCCGAAACACCUGGAGAUCCGGACGCGGACAACGCAGAUAGCGAGGCUACGCCCGACAGCAGCUUCAUGGGCUUCAAGAGUCGUGCGGCGAGUUUCAUGGCGGGUGGGAAGAACAGGGACAAUGCGAGUCCAACGAAGAGUCCGACGAAGGAGGCGAAGGAUCGGAGAAGAGACAGCUGGAUAGGCGGGCUGGCCAAGGUGCUCGGCAGCCCGGGGAAGGAAACGAGCGUGGCCAGAGUGCCCUACUCGGAUAAGGCCGAGAAGCGCAUCAUCAGGCGCCGGCAGAAGGAGACGGGUCGGAGACGAAACUCUGGACGCACACGGCGCGGUGCUGAGGCCGACUCGGACGACGACGACAGGACCAAAGAUGGGAAGAAUCCAGCAACGACCAACGUCAUCGGCGCAAUUCUCUCCUAUAUCGACUCGCAUCCGAACCUCCCGCACACCCUGUCCUACUACGCCCAGCUCAUACUGAACUUCUUUUUCGUUGGCUGCAUCAUCUGGAUCGUUUACUCGUUUUGGAGCGCAAUUCAGAGCGAUGUGAAUAUCGAAGCAGACCGAGCUAUUGCUGAGGCAUUAGCUGAGAUGGCUGUGUGCGCACGGGACUACCGCGAGAAUAGGUGUGCCCCGGAAACGCGCGUGCCUGCGAUGGCACAGCUUUGCGACAACUGGCAUGCGUGCAUGAACCGGGACCCGAAGAAAGUCGGUCGCGCGAGAGUCAGUGCGCAUACGUUUGCGACCAUCUUCAACAGUUUCAUCGAGCCCAUCAGUUGGAAGGCCAUGUUCUUCUGCCUCAUAAUUGUUAUCGUCUGCCUCUUCGUCAACAACAUUGCAUUCACCAAGUUCCGGAACACUCACCCAGUUCAUCACCAGCAGGGUCAUCCGGAUCCCUCUCAACAGUACCACCAGCAGUGGCAGCAGCAGCCCCAGUGGGGAGUCCCGCCUACCCCCCAACGGUACCCUAGUGGAGGAUGGGACACUCCAGGUCAUCCGAUGAUGAUCGGAGGUUUCUACCAGACCCCUGCGCACCACUCAAUGCAGCAACAUGGAGGUUUCGAGCCGCGGCCAAGUCAGACUCCUGGUGGCCCGGGAGCACACCAGCAACCAGCCGGCAAUACAAGUCCGGUGAAGCGGCUGCAAUUUUAG